CCUGCAGCCACCAGACAGUUCGAUGCUCCACUUUUACUAAUCCUCACACACAGAAUGGAAGAUUCAUCCAGUCAUGACUACAAGAUCCAGUCCUUAGACGCAGAGACGCAGAAACUGCUCAAAACCGCUCUGAAAGAUCCAGGCUCGGUGGAUCUGGAGAAGGUGUGUGACAUCGUUGUGAAUCAGUCGCUGAAGGAACAGGCGUUCAGUAAAGAGGCCGGACGCAUCUGCUUCACUAUCGUCCAGGCCGAGGCGAAACAGAACGGCAGCAGCGCGUUCCGGCGGUGUCUCCUGAUCCGACUCCAGCAGGAGUUCGGGAGCCGAGAGGAAACCAGGAGGAGAUCCACGCAGGAGUGGGUUUGUCUCGUCUCCUUCAUCUGCAACAUCUUCGACUACCUGAAGGUGAACAACACACCGAUGGUGGCUCUGGUUCACCCGGUCUACGACUGUCUUCUCAGACUCGCUCAACCCGAUGCACUCAGUAAUGAAGAGGAGGUGGACUGUCUGGUCCUGCAGCUUCACCGUAUCGGCGAUCAGUUAGAGAAGAUGGAUGCUGACCAAAUGGACGAGCUCUUCGUCCUGCUGCGGGACGGUUUCCUGUUACAGGACGGCCUCUCCUCGCUCUCCCGUCUCCUUCUGCUGGAGAUCCUGGAGUACCACGCGGGGGGCUGGAACCUCAGCGACACAGCGCAGAAGUACUACUACAGCGAAGUGAGCGACUGACCCCACGCCCCCGCCAGUCAGGAGGGGGCAGGAGGACCCACGGACAGUUUUUAACCUCGUUAGUUAAUCUAACAUGAUGCUGGAUUUUGAACGAUGCCUACCGGCCUUUGUACCUUUUUAUCUGCGUCACUUUUAUUUACCUGUGGAACCAGAACUUGCUAAACACACUAUGUGGGGAAAAAAAGUAUUUGGACGCCCCUUUUGAUUUCUGUAUUUAUGUCCUUCAGACAUGGCAAUCCUUAUCAGGUGUAAUAAAGCAAUCAUAUAAAGGGAAUUAUAUGCGUCCAACU